GAAAGGCGCUCUGCACAGGCUCAGAGGCUCCUUCCUGGCUUGACCUUUCCUCCUCCUGGGGAGGGACUGCUUGUGUCUUCCUCCAAGGGCAGGGCGGGCAGGCGGAGCCCAGCCUGGUCCCCCCCUGCUCUCUUCUCUCCAAUGCUUUUGCUGGUCUUCCCUUCCCUUCCUUCCUUCCCUCUCCUCCUCCUCCUCCUCCUCUUCUUUCUCCUAUUUGCUGCCGCAGCGGCGUCUCUGUCUCUCUCCUCUCUCUCUUUCUCCACGUGCCCUUGGCCGGGCUCUUCGGAGGCGACUGCAGCUGCAGCCGGGAUUGCUGCCAGGGGGGUGGCUUGCUUCCUUCCCUUCCUCCCCAAGCGGGGGAAGGGGCUGGAUCGGGGAGUCCAGGCGCAGCAGACAGAGAAGCAGGCGCUUCCCCCGGAGCAGAGUCCGCCUGCGCCAUGGAACCUGAACCAGUGGAGGAAUGCGUCCAGAGCACGCUGGCUGCCUUGUACCCCCCUUUCGAAGCCACUGCCCCCACCCUGUUGAGCCAGGUUUUCGAAGUGCUGGAGCGGACGUACCAACACGACGCCCUGCGCUACACCCUUGACUUCCUCGUCCCUGCCAAGCACAUCCUGGCUCGCAUCCAAAGUGAAGCCUGUGCCCAGUACAGUGGCUUUGUGUUUUGCCAUGAAGGUUGGCCACUCUGCCUUCGUGAGAAAAUCCUGGUGCAGCUAGGCUCCCUCCCCUGGCAACGCCUUUGCCCUGGAGACUUCUACCUGCAAGUGGUGCCUCACCGGGAGUGUGCCCCACGCCUGGUCCUGAAGUGCCUAUCUCCAGAGGGCCACCGUGGGGUUCAGGAGCUGCCGGUGUCCCCUGACUCCUACCCGUUCCUUUUCACCGUCGAGUGGCUCAACGGCAUCAACAAGGAACGGCGGGUGGGACGCCUAGAGCGUUGCCUGUUGGCGGCAGGGGAAAAAGUGCUGAGCCUUCCCUGGCCAGAAUUAGUGUACCCCCAGUUUGUGCACAAAGAUGGAUUCAUCGUGGGUCAGCGCUGCCCUGUAGAUUUGUCUCCAGAAGUGUUGGGAGCACGGAGUCCUGGGGACGGACGCCAUUCUGGGGGAGAGAAUCGGGAAUCUGAGGGAGAAUACGUUCACCUCUUAGAAGUCAGUCCUACUUUACACCAAGUACCCCGGAUCCCAAAGCCUUGUGGUACUCAGAUCCAGACCAUGCCUGCCCGCAAGGGACACAGCAAGAGCCGGAACAGGCGCCACCGAGCCUGGCUUCACCAUAAGUCUGGGUGCGGGGAAAAUUUUGCCUUACGCCAGGUUGCCAAAGCCCAGGAAGCAGAGAAAUCUAGCCAAGAAAGCAGCACAUUGGGUGACAGGAUUGAUCAAAUGAAAGGUGGAGGUCUAAGCCUGGCUUUGGGUCAUAUGUCAGAAACAUCUAAGAUGGUGGGGAGUGUGAGUCCUGGUCAGCCGGAGCAAAACCAGAGUCUUCAUACCAAUAAGGCACAACCUAACGUCUUUGGGGGUGCUACCAAUACCACUGAGCUUGGGAAAGCAGGAUCUGGCCAUCAAAAUCCAGUUCAUUCCAGAGAGCAGAACAUUGAGAACCAGUCUCCAGUCAUGGCCACACCAAAACGUGCUGCCAAGGGAAACCGAAGGAAAAAAAAGGGAGCUGGGAGAGGAGCUGGUGGUGGCAGAACUAAACAAGGAGGUGAUUUGACUAGCAAAGAAGCAACAGCUUCUGUUGAUGCAAAAGAAGCAAAGAAGGAAGUAGUCUGCAUUAGUCCAAAAGAACAGGAUUCUGGGAAAAGAGAAGAAAAUGUUAGUACCAUAGAACAAGCUGUUGGUACUGAAGAAGGCUGUGUUGAUGUUGUUGAUUGUAAUGUUCCCCCAGAGAGAAAUGAUAAUGCUGAAGACAAGAGAGUUGAUGCUGGAGAGGAGGGUGCUGGCCCAAGAGAGUGCAGUGUUGGCAGCAGAGAACCAGAGAGUGUUAUGGAAAAAUGUUCUGCUGGUAUGGAAGAUAGUACUGCCAACACCGAAGACAGAACUGUCAUCCAAGAAGGCCAAGGCCUUAGCACUGAAGAGGUGGCUACUGCAAUUGAUCCUGGUCAACCAAGUGUUGACGCAGCAAAGCAAGACCUUGACACCAUAGAACAAGAAGCGGACAAUUGUGAAGGACAUUGUUUGGUAGAAGAGGAUCCCAUCGUUGGCACUAAUGAAUCCAAGCUUGCUACAUUGCCAAAGGAGAAUGAGCCAAGUAUUGAUGGGAAAGAGGAACCCCUGAGCGUAGAAGCUGAUCCGAGGCCAGAGAAAACAGAGAAUUCCUCUCCGUCCAGAGCGCAUCUUGGGCAGUCCGUGAACUGGGCACUUCUGGAAUCUGGUAUCUUUGCUUUAACAGGAGGAAUGGACAAGGCAGGACACUCCAUGUUGACAAUAGUGCCACAGCCUCUUCAAGAUGAGCUGCCUUUAGGACAAGAAGACCUUGUCAAUACCUUGAGAUAUAUGCACUCGCUUCUCAGGCAAGAGCUGAAGGCCCUGGGGAUGACAGUGCUGUUAGACUUGAGCCAGGUGGACGACUGGGCUUUCCACGCCCCUGUGCUACUGCCAGCCUUACAUGCAUUCCAGGAGAGUUCUCCACCUCCCAUCAGUCACCUGCUAGUGGUCUUGCCACCUGAUGACCGUUUUGUUCCCCACAAAGAGGAGCUGGCCUUGGAACCUGCAGUGGCUGUGCAACUUCUCCCUCUUUCUGAACUGUCUCAUCAUGUGGCCCUGGACCAGCUGACUAAAACGUUAGGUGGGACCAUGCACUAUUCACCACUAAAAUGGGUUGCAGAGCACCAGGCUCUUGAACAGCUCCAGGAACUCUGCCGUAGUGUCCUGCAGGCUGUGUGUGAGGCCAGUGCCCACCUCAAGGCAGUUGGAACAGCAUCCAGUCAGGAGGAAGUGUCAGCACAGAUCACGUUGCACCAAGAGACGAUGCGGAAACUGCUCUCUGAGCCGCGUCUUCUGGAGCUUCAACGCCGUGGGGGGUCCUUGUUGGCCCGGCUGCCCCCGCUGGGUCCCUGCAGUAUGGAGGCUGUGGCUGCCACCAGGCUCUACCAAGAGGUGGAUGAGGCCCUUCAUGGACUUGUUCAGCUCAGCAACCGGCGCUUGGAGGUGUUACAGCAGGAGAGGGCAAACACACAGAUACGGCAGCAACCUCUGGAAGACAAGACAUGCCUUGAACCUGCUGGUGACAGUGUGGAAGAGAAGAAGGAAGGGAAAAGGCCAGUGGAGGGCCUGGCCGAGGGGGCAUCUUUGGAAAGGACAGUGUUACAAAGCCCCAGGUCCCAAGGAAAGACACCACCCUCCCCAGAUUCUGGCUGUCCUCCACGGCCACGUGCCUGCAGCAUCAGUGCCUCCUCCUCUCCCAAACACGGCUGGGGAUUGAGUGCUAGGUUUGGCUCCUCUUGCAGCCUAACCUCCCUUUUCCAGCCACUUGCCAGCCCUAAAGCCUCCCCCUGCUGUUCUCCCACUCGAAGCCAUGCCUUGGAAAGUGGCAAGAAGAGGCAAAGCAAUCCCAAGUCACCCCUGUCUCCAGCAUCCCCUAUGGCAUUGCGGGCCUCGAGUGACCCAGGCCGGCCCAGUGUCCAUAUCCGUGGCCUGGAGGUGAGCAGCCGUGAGCUUGCAGACCGGAGCUGUUCUCCUCGUGAACAUGUGUUGCUGAGUCGUAGUGGCACACACGUUGCUGAAUCUCCUUGGGGAGCCACACCCCGUAUGGAAAGAAGGCGUUGUCUUGGGGUACAACAACAGCUUCUAACUGAAAUGCUGGAGUGUGAGCGGGAUUAUGUGAGUGCCCUUUCCCAGACUCUUUGCCUGUCUCAGGAGCCGGGAGGACAGGCCUGGCCAGCUGAGCUGCGAUGCCUGGGCAGUGCUCUCCGGACCACACGAGACCAGUUGUUGGCUUUCCACAACAGCUGCCUCCUUGGAGAGUUGGAAGGAUGCAUGAACCACCCGUCACGUGCUGGGGGCUGCUUCCUGCGCCAUAGGGCGAAACUUCAGCUUUAUGCCACCUAUGCCAAAGAUCACCAUAAAUUCCAGGCUGCUCUGGCUUCACUUCGAGCAUCCAGCAAGAAGAGCCCACCAGACUUGCUUGAAGAUGGGCCCGCAGCCCGCACUUUGCGUGUGCCCUUGGAGCAGCUGGAACGGUAUCGGCGCUUCUUGGGUGAGCUGCUACGCGAAUGUGAGCUCGAGCGGGGCCCCGAGCGCCAAGCCCUGCAGGAGGCCCAGCAACUGCUGGAAGCCCAGGAGCAGCGAGGCAGGGAUCUGCUGGCUGCCGAGCAGAUCCGGGGCUGCGAGAUGAAACUGUCUGAACAAGGACUACUCUUGCAACGUGGUGAGCUCACUGUGGUGUGCGGGCGUCGUAAGUGUCAACGUCACUUAUUUCUCUUUGAGCAGCUGUUGCUCUUCACCAAGUGCAAAGGAACUGAGGGUAGCUACGUCUGCAAACAGGCCUUGCAGACAGCUUCCAUGGGUCUGACGGAGAGUGUGGGACCUACUGGGCUACGCUUUGAAUUGUGGUUUGGACGAGGAUCAGCCCGGCAGGCCUUCACACUGCAGGCAGCCUCUGCUGAGGUCAAACAUCAGUGGACAAACGUUAUAGCCCAACUGCUGUGGAGACAGGCUGCCCACCCAUCUGUCUCCAUGAGCUUAUCCUCCUGCCCUUCCCAGCGUUUGGCCCCUCUUGGCUUGAGUCCUGGGUCCCCUACUGGGCUUUCUUUGCCUGGACAUUUUGAGGAGGAAGAAUGGGACCCAGAUGUUAAGCCUAUUCCAAAAGCUGAGACCCCUGACUCCACUGGAACUUCCCCAGUCCAUCCAGAACCACUUAGACAAGGAAGAGGAUCCUUACCCAGCAGCAACUCUGCUCUAGGGCACCACCCGUCGCAUUGGGUGUGGAGCCUUCACCGGAAACUCUUCUCCCCCAGCAGUCAUGGAAGGCAGGACUCAAUCUCCAGGGACUCUGGGAACAGAACAGUCUAAGCUCCAAAGAAUACUGGAGGGGGGACAUGGCAUGAAUGAGUGCCAUUGUCAAACAGUAUUAUACAGUGUCAUCCGAUGGUUCUCCUACACACUUCACUCUGCUGCCAUCCAAUAGGAACACCCAGACAUGGCUGUGAUGAUACCCUGGGAUGCUUCUGUUCCCAUGCCACACCCAACCAGUGCCUUUCCUACCAUUUUCUUGGGCUGGAACUUUACUGAAAGUUAUUGGCAAAGCUGAUGCUGUUGGUGGUGAAAGGAAGUUGUGUUCCAGACAAAGAAGGACAAACCAACAAGCAGAGGAAAUUCUGUUGAGUCAGUCCUUAUUCAUCAGUGAUCAAGUCUAUUACAUUGCUCAGUUUCCUGGUGCCCUGUCUCCAAUCACAGCUGUGAGUCCCUAGGCAAAUUGGUGUUUUGCUUAGUGUGAUGGGAGUUGAAAGAACAAACCUGGGAUGCAAUGGCUAAACAACUAUAGGAAGCCCAUCUGGAACUACAUUCAGAGGAAAAGAAGAGGAAAGAGGUGUGCUAGGUUGCAUUGGUGAGGGAGACAUAGGACAUAGCCACUUCCAUCUUAUCUGAAGGAACUCAGAGUCACCUCUAGAUGAAUCAUGGAAACUAAAUGAUAAUAGCAAUAUAGUUAAUGCUGCAAAUGCUUUCCUGGACUGUACCCCUUAGGAUGUAGAGAGGAAGCGGUUUAACCCAUUUGGAUCUUCCCCACUGCAAGCAGGAAGAAUGGACCUUCUCACACUGGUGUAUCAAAAGUUCUGGCCUGGUCAUACCCUUCAUGUGUGUUAAAAAAUUUACAUGGUUUGCCAAGAAAGAACACUUGGUGAAGUGUCUCUUCCACACAGAAAAACUUGCAAUCUAAGAACAUACAGUCCAAGACAUUCUGCUACACAAAAUUUCCCCCUCAACACUCAAGGAAGUGGGCCUGAAAAGGCACAAAAUAUGUAAUUAAAGAAUUAUUGUAAUUGGAAGAUGGCACAUAAAACUGGCAGAGUCUGCAAGACCCAUGAUUAGACAGACUUAUAAUUCAUCAAAAUGUUAACUCUUUGGCUGCUAUUUCUAAUUAAUUCCAAAGAAUUUAGUAGCCAUAAUACAUAGGUCUUUCUUCAAUUUACAGAUAAAUACUGUGGCUCUCUACUAAUGCCCAUUUUGGGGGAGUUUUUUUCAUGUCAGGAACGGCUUGAGAAAGUGCAAGUCGCUUCUGAUGUGAGAGAAUUGGCAAUCUGCAACAACUUUGCCCAAGGAACACCCAAAUGUUUUAUUAUCCUGUGGGAGGCUUCUCUCAUGUUCCUGCAUGAGAAGCUGGAGCUGACAGAUGGGAGCUCACCCCGCUCUCCAGAUUUGAACCACCAACAUUUUGGUCAACAGUCCUGCUGGCAUGAGGAUUUAGUCCAUUGCGCCACUAGGGAUCAUAUAAGUGCAACCACUUUUUAAAGACACUGGUGCUAGUCUGCUUUGCCCAAAUUAGUUUACUUCCCCCUUUUAGGAUUAGAACAGAUUUCUCCAUUUACAACCACUUGUUUGAGAAGACUAGUCUUAGUCUGUAUUGCCAUAAGUUACUGAUAAAAUAUAUUACAAAAAAGCAAUUCCAGAGUUACAGACCUGGGAAAAAUUAGUCUUAGAAGUAAUGAUGCCAGGGGGCAAGGAUGUAAACCUGUGGAUAGCCUGUAUUACUUUAGGACCAG